AUGAUGGUGCACUGUGCCGGCUGCGAGCGGCCCAUCCUCGACCGCUUUCUGCUGAACGUGCUGGACCGCGCGUGGCACAUUAAAUGUGUGCAGUGCUGCGAGUGCAAAACCAACCUCUCGGAGAAGUGCUUCUCGCGCGAGGGCAAGCUCUACUGCAAAAAUGACUUCUUCAGGCGCUUCGGCACCAAGUGUGCAGGCUGUGCGCAAGGCAUCUCGCCCAGCGACCUGGUGCGCAAGGCCCGCAGCAAAGUCUUCCACCUCAACUGUUUCACCUGCAUGGUAUGCAACAAGCAGCUGUCCACCGGCGAGGAGCUGUACGUCAUCGACGAGAACAAGUUCGUGUGCAAAGACGACUACCUGAGCUCGUCCAGCCUCAAGGAGGGCAGCCUCAACUCAGUGUCAUCCUGUACGGACCGAAGUUUGUCCCCGGACCUUCAGGACCCAUUGCAGGAUGACCCCAAGGAGACGGACAACUCGACCUCGUCGGACAAGGAGACGGCCAAUAACGAGAACGAGGAGCAGAACUCGGGCACCAAGCGGCGCGGCCCGCGCACCACCAUUAAAGCCAAGCAGCUGGAGACGCUCAAGGCUGCCUUCGCCGCAACGCCCAAGCCCACGCGCCACAUCCGCGAGCAGCUGGCGCAGGAGACUGGCCUCAACAUGCGCGUCAUCCAGGUGUGGUUUCAGAACCGACGGUCCAAAGAACGCCGGAUGAAACAGCUGAGCGCUCUGGGCGCCCGGAGACACGCCUUCUUCCGGAGUCCGCGGCGCAUGCGUCCGCUGGGCGGCCGCUUGGACGAGUCUGAGAUGUUGGGGUCCACCCCUUACACAUACUACGGAGACUACCAAGGCGACUACUACGCGCCGGGAGGCAACUAUGACUUCUUCGCGCACGGCCCGCCCUCGCAGGCGCAGUCCCCAGCCGACUCGAGCUUCCUGGCUGCCUCGGGGCCCGGCUCGACGCCGCUGGGCGCGCUGGAGCCGCCGCUCGCCGGCCCGCACGCCGCCGACAACCCCAGGUUCACCGACAUGAUCUCGCACCCGGACACGCCGAGCCCCGAGCCGGGCCUGCCGGGCGCGCUGCACCCCAUGCCCGGAGAGGUGUUCAGCGGCGGGCCCAGCCCGCCCUUCCCCAUGAGCGGCACCAGCGGCUACAGCGGACCCCUGUCGCACCCCAACCCCGAGCUCAACGAGGCUGCCGUGUGGUAA